GAUUGGUUGAACAGUGCAGAAGAGAACCUCUACUAACAUUUAAAAAAAAAAUCUCAUCAAGACCAGAAUGUGAGGGAUCUAGUUUCAGGAGUUUAUUUUAUGCCCGCUAUGUUAGGUUAUAUAUAUUUUUUUAAGUUACCGUAAUGCCAUGUGCGUCCAAUUAUAUCUGUGCAUUUGUAACAAACAAACCAUUAUGAAACUUAUAUUCGUUCAAAUAAGCAAGACGUAACAAAUUAGCAAUCAGUUACAUUUUUGUUGACCAAAUUCGACAUUCUCAUUGACCUACAUGCACAAAUUCCUCACUUCCUGGUCUUUUUUACGUGGAAAGAUUUUGGGCGAAGUAAAUCCUCUCACUUCGCCUCUUGCACUCUGAUUUGAUCUUUGCUGUAAAGCGGUAUAGAGUGGAUCAUGUGACUAGAAAAACAUGACACACCUAUCAGGAAGCAGAGGUUAGGCCGAGCAGACUGUCAAGACAGAACUCAUUAAGGUCUUGAGGAGACUCCCAAUGUGUCAACGAUGGCCUACCAGUACGGAAAAGUGCAGGACCCAAAUGUGCUUACUCAGACGAUAAUCUCCAACAUCCAAAAGAUAGCACAACAAACAUCUGAAAUACAGAGUAUUGUGGAUAAGUUGGGAACACCACAAGACACAACUGAGCUCAGACAGCAACUGCAGCAGAAACAGCAGAAUGUCAACCACCUUGCCAAAGAAACUGACCGAAGUGUGAAGCAAUUUGGCUCUUUACCUGUCACAACUGAACAGCGCCAGAGAAAGAUCCAGAAAGACCGAUUUAUCAAUGACUUCUCCAAUGCACUGGCCAAUUUCCAAAAGACACAGAGGCAGGCUGCUCAGAAAGAGAAGGCGUUUGUUGCCAGAGUCCGUGCCGAGUCCAGAGUGUCGGGUGGCUAUCCUGAUGACAGCUUUGGAGGAAAUGGAAACGUCUUUGAAAGUGGGGGGCAGGCCCAGGUCCAGUCACAGUCCCAGGAGGUGGCCAUCACUGAAGAGGACCUGCAGCUCAUCCAGGAGAGAGAGACUUCCAUCAGACAGCUAGAGUCUGAUAUUACAGAUAUAAAUGAAAUAUUUAAGGACUUGGGAAUGAUGGUCCAUGAGCAAGGUGAUGUGAUCGACAGUAUAGAGGCCAAUGUCGAAACUGCUGACCUUCAUGUUCAGAAUGCCACCCAGCAGUUAGCACAGGCUGCAGACUAUCAGCGCAAAUCUAGAAAGAAGAUCUGCAUUCUCAUUGUAGUUCUGGCAGUUCUUGCUGUUGUCGUUGGUUUAAUCAUCUGGGCAUCAGUCAAAGGAUGAUGAUGCUUUUCACAUACUCUUUGGUCCUGGAAUUUUAAUGAUUAUUUAGGACUAAGUUUGAGUUACAAAUCUCAUAGCCAUAAUACUAUAGUAAGAAGAAUACACACAGAAUUUACCUGAAAUAGGCUUGUGUGAUACAGUACCUGCUAAUUAUUAUGGACUGUAGCCUAGUCUAUGCACCAGAGGCCAAGAAUUGUGCAAUGCUAAGUAAUAUCUUGCAUCACUUUUGCUGUCAAGUUCCACAGUGCUGUCUUAUUCUUCACUUCAAGCCUUUAUUUUCUAUGAAGCAAUUUAUGCAUUUUUAUUUAAUCUCACAAAGAUUCUCACUGUAUAAAUAAAUAUGUACAGUGCCUUCAGAAAGUAUUCAUACUGCUUGACUUAUUCCAUAUUUUGUUGUUAUAGCCUGAAUUCAAAAUUGCUUAAAUUGCUUUUUUUUCUCACCAAUCUACACACCAUAAAGACAAAGUGAAAAUAUGUUUUUGACAUUUUUGCAAAUGUAUUGAAAAGUGUCUGUUGGAAAGCAGACUGAACCAGGUUUCCUCUAGGAUUUUGCCUGUGCUUAGCUCUAUUCUGAUAUAUUUUUAUCCUUAACUCCCUAUUCCUUGCCGAUGAUGAGCAUAACAUUAUGCAAAAUUUUCUGCAGUUUUACUUUAGUGCCUUAUUGCAAACAUGAUGCAAGUUUUGGAAUAUUUAAGGUUAGUAUUGUGGAGUAACUGCAAUGUUGUUGAUCCAUCUUCAGUUUUCUCCUACCACAGCCAUUAAACUCUGUAACAGUUUUAAAGUCACCAUUGGCUCCAUGGUGAAAUCCCUGAGUGGUUUCUUUCCUCUCUGACACCUGUAUCUUUGUAGUGACUGGGUGUAUUGCAACACCAUCCCAAAGUAUAAUUAAUAACAUCACCAUGCUCAAAGAGAUAUUCAAUGUCUGCUUUUUAUUUUUACCCAUCUACCAAAAAGUCGGAGUGGACCUUUAGUCCGACUCAGGAGGUGUGCACACCACUCACCUCUUCCGAGUAUAUUACUUACUAAUGUUCAGUCUCUGAAUAUUAAGGUUGACGAGCUCAGGGCAAGAAUUUCCUUCCAGAGAGACAUCAGGGAUUGUAACAUACUCUGUUUCACGGAAACAUGGCUCUCGGGAUAUACUGUCUGAGUCCAUUCAGCCAGUUGGUUUCUCAGUUCAUCGCGCAGACAGGAAUAUAUAUCUCUCCAGGAAGAAGGGUGAGGAUGUAUGUUUCAUGAUUAACUACUCAUGGUGUGAUUGUGAUAACGUACAGGAACUCAAGUCCUUUUGUUGACCCGACCUAGAAUACCUCACCAUCAAAUGCUGACCGUAUUACCUCCCAAGAGAAUUCACUUCAGGUUAUAGUCACAGCCGUGUAUAUUCCUCCUCAAGCCAACACCAUGACGGCCCCCAAAGAACUUCAUUGGACUUUAUGCAAACUGGAAACCACAUAUCCUGAGGCUGCAUUUAUUCUAGCUGGGGACUUUUACUGAGCAAAUUUGAGUAAAACGUUACCGAAGUUCUAUACAGGCUUUUCGCUACACCCGCAAUAACAUCUGCUUAACACGUGUGUGUGACAAAUAAAAUUUGAUUUGAUAGGUGCCCUUCUUUGUGAGACAUUGGAAAACAUCCCUGGUCUUUGCGGUUGAAUCUGUGUUUGAAAUUCACUGUUCGUCUGAGGGAACUUACAAUUGUAUGUGUGGGGUACAGAGAUGAGGUAGUCAUUCAAAAAUGUUAAACACUAUUAUUGCACACAGAGUGAGUCCAUGCAACUAAGUAUGUGAAUUGUUAAGCUCUUUUUUUUUUUUACUCCUGAACUUUAGGCUCCCCAUAAGGAUGGGGAUGAAUACUUAUUGACUCAAGACAUUUAAUUUAAAAAAGUAAUACAUUUUAGAUUUCAGGCUGUAACACAACAAAAUUUGGAAAAAGUCAAGGGGUGUGAAUACUUUCUGAAGGCACAGUAUGGGUUAUACAAUUAUUGUGGAACUGUGAAUGUUUUUGCUGCCUCACAAAAAUUGUAUCCGUUUUUAUUCAGCUCUUUCCGUUUUCACUUUCUUCAAUAAAAAGCACUAGAUGCAAUGAGCUCUUAAUUACUGGCUUCCCUUUUUCCCCCCAUUCUGACCUUUGCCUACUAAUCAUCAUUCUUCUUUAAUUCGGUGUGUUUUGGUUGUACUUUAGGCUACACAACUUUCUAUCUUCUUUGUGUUUUCAAUGGAUACAUAUCAAAAGUUUAAAUAAUAUACUUUUUCUUUUUGAUUCUUGAUUUUGUCCAGUUUUUCUGAGGGAAGAAGCUUUACUGUACAAUAUACUCCUGAAACAUGCUAAAUGAGCUGAAUAACAGAAUAAAACCCUGAUUCGUGUACUCAA